AUGGAACCAUAUUUAAUUGUUAAAGCAAUUGAAGAACUUAAAAGAGGAAACACUUCACCAGAAAACUUCAAAACAUUAUAUGUUGCUUGUUCCCAAAGUUCAAAUUCACAAGAUUUUAUUUUGGAACAUAUUCCUACUCAAUUUUUUGAUGAUCAUUUAAAGACAGAUGAUCCAAUUCUAAGAAAAGUUCUAAAUUUAUGUAAUAACCUCUCAGUUGCCAAUCCAAAUAAUCAGGAAAAAUUAUUGGACAUAGUUUUAUCUAAAAUCCAGCAAAUUCAAUGGAAUCAACAAUCUGGAAAGUCAUUACUAUUGUUUUUACUAUCAUGCUGCCAACCACAUAGUUUAUACAGAUCAAAAUUAACAGUAGACGUACUCUUACCUUUUGUUAAAGUAUAUCACGAGGCAACCGAGGAAGUUGAUGAAGAUUUUUACUUCCAUUUGAUUACAUUAAUGGCAGAAUGUGCUUUAGACUUCUUAAAAUAUGCCUUAACUCAUAUCGAUAUAACAUACUCCAUAACAGACCUAUUGCAUGAUACCUGUGAAGCUGUACCUGACACAAUUGAUCAAGAACCAUUUUUGAAAUUUAUUUUAGAUAUAAUUCAGCAGAAUGGUCUAAAACCAGCUCAGGCACGUUCAAAUAUUAUUGGUAUAUUUGCAGCACUUGUUGGUACUUCAGAAAAAGCAAGAUGCACCGCAUUGAAUCUAAAUGCAGUUGAUAUAUUAAAGAAGAUUAACAAAGCUGAUAUUGAUGAUCCUGCUGUCCUUGAAUGGAGUGUUGCUGCGCUUAGAUUCCUUGUUCAGUUUGUAGAUCCAGAAAAUCAGAAGAAGAUUUAUACACCUUCUCCUGAAGCUGAAAAUAUCUUUGACGACAAAGAUUUUAUGUAA